GGUGCAUUAAUAAAAGAACGUUUGAAAACGAAACAUAUAAAUAUAUAUUCAGAAGCGAAGAAAGUAACGGGGUGAUUUAAGUAGAAAAUUGUAGAAGAAAAAAUAUUGUUAUAAAUCUAGUUAACACAGCCUUAUUUGUUUAUAAGUUUUGGGAAUUGUUAAAAAUUUUGAGUGCGUCAAAAGAAAGCUGAACCUUGAAAGAAAAUAGUGAACAAAGUUUUCACUACAAUUGCAAAAGUUCAUAAAUAUUCAUCGAAAUGGGUAAAGAUUUCUAUAAAAUCCUUGGGAUCAGCAGAAAUGCCAAUGAUGACGAGAUUAAGAAGGCAUACCGUAAAUUAGCGUUGAAAUACCAUCCUGACAAGAACAAAACACCGGAGGCGGAAGAAAGAUUUAAAGAAAUUGCCGAGGGGUACGAAAUACUGUCAGAUAAGAAGAAGCGUGACAUAUAUGACCAAUACGGUGAAGAAGGAUUGAAAGGUGGCAUAUCAGGUACACAAGGUGGUGAUCAAGAUGGUGGCAGCAGAGCAUACCAGUACCAUGGUGAUCCCCGUGCCACCUUCGCACAGUUCUUUGGUUCGUCAGAUCCUUUUGGCAUUUUCUUUAGUUCGAGCGAUCCCAGUCGCAUGUUUGGUGACUCACAGAAUAUAUUCAUGGCUACUGGCAAUGAUGAUGACAUCUAUUCUCAAAUGGGAGGUGGCGGCGCUUUCCGUUCACAAUCAUUUAACGCGCAACCAAAUCGUAAAAGACAACAACAAGAUCCUCCCAUCGAACACAAUUUAUAUGUUUCCCUCGAGGAAGUUGAUAAGGGAUGUGUAAAGAAAAUGAAAAUCUCGCGUAUGUCGAUGGCAUCAGGACAGCAGCGUAAAGAAGAGAAAGUGCUGAAUAUAACUGUGAAGCCUGGUUGGAAGGCGGGAACAAAGAUAACUUUCCAAAAAGAAGGUGACCAAACACCUGGAAAAGUGCCAGCAGAUAUCAUUUUCAUCAUACGUGACAAGCCACAUCCGCUCUUCAAACGCGAGGGCAGUGAUAUCAAAUACAACGCGCAGAUAAGUUUAAAACAAGCGCUCUGCGGUACCGUUGUGCAGGUAUCAACAUUACAAGGCGAUAGAAUUACGGUGAAUUCACAAGGGGAGAUCAUUAAGCCCAACACAGUUAAGCGUAUACCAGGCAGAGGGCUGCCCUUCCCUAAGGAGCCAACGAGAAGAGGUGAUCUACUUGUGGCGUUUGAUAUAAAAUUCCCUGAUACUCUGCCGUCGGGAACAAAAGACCUGUUGUCCGAUAUAUUACCAAACUAAGCGGGCGAAACACCAUGGAAUCGGGCAUGGUUUGGGAUCCUAUGUUGUCCUUAGUAUGUAUUAAGUUGGGCGGGUGUGACGGGGGGAAGUAAUGAAUGAAAUGGAGUGUACAAUUGUCAUGUAAAUGUUAUAAAGAAAUACUGGUGUUUUUUCACUCUGAGAAAUAUUUAGGUUUAUUUAGGUUAAUUUAAAUUAAUUAAAAAAUGUUUUCAAUUAUUUCUUCCUUUUGAUUGGAAAUGAUGAAAAUUAGUUAGAGCUAGUAAUAUGUGUAUAUUAUUAUUAUUAAUUCUUAGUAGUAAGAUUAAUCUUAAUUCAAAAAAGGCAAAGCAUUGUAAAGCACACAAAGUAAAACUUGUCUGGAAACUAAGAAAUUGUGUAAACGGUUGUACAUUCGAAGAUUGAUUGUUAUCCACAAAAGUAUCACUUUCAACCAAUUGUUGAUCAACUUUUUGAUAAAAGUGCUGGGAAGUCUUACAAUCAGCAAUCAACGUUUGUACUACCGGCGUAUACGUCAGCAUGAUAUUGAAAACAAAAUGUGGAUACUAGAAACGAUUAUACCUGGAGACUGAUGAAAAAAUAAAACUUUUGACGAUUUAAAUUUGAA